UUUACGCAUGCGCGGUAGUUAAUUUCCGGCAUCUUAUGUUUGUUGUGUAUCGCAUGUUUGUGGUAGAAAUUUCAACUUUAAAGAUUGUUCCUGAUGUUUAACAUUCUCCAUAUAAAUUAAUCUGGAGAAAAUUUUAUAACAAUAUUCACCCUUCCAUAAAUUUUAUAAUCUAAAAUGGGGGCAUUUUUAGACAAGCCAAAAACAGAAAAACAUAAUGAGGGUGGUGUAGGGAAUAGGCUACGCUAUGGUUUGUGUAGUAUGCAAGGCUGGAGGGUUGAGAUGGAAGAUGCACACACAGCAGUUGUCAGUAUUCCCCAUAACCACCUUAAAGACUGGUCAUUCUUUGCUGUAUUUGAUGGCCAUGCUGGGGCAAGAGUUUCUGCAGUUUGUGCACAAGAACUUUUAGAGCACAUAACACAGAAUGAAGAUUUUCGAGGUAAACCUGACUUGACAGACGGAACAGAGAUUCAACCUUCAAUUCAGGAUGUUUUAGCAGGAAUCAAGAAGGGCUUCCUAAACUUAGAUGAAAAAAUGCGAGCAAUGCCAGAAGUUGUUAGCGGUGAAGAUAAAAGUGGGUCAACAGCAGUGUGCAGCAUUGUGUCUCCUAAACAUAUCUUUUUUGCUAAUUGUGGAGACUCACGUGCAGUACUCUGUCGAAAUGGCAAAUGUGCUUUCGCUACAACAGACCAUAAACCUGUUAAUCCUAAAGAAAAAGAGCGCAUACAAAAUGCUGGCGGUAGUGUUAUGAUCCAGCGAGUAAAUGGCUCUUUAGCAGUUUCGCGAGCUCUUGGGGACUUUGAGUAUAAGAAUGUUGAAGGUAAAGGUCCCUGUGAGCAGCUGGUAUCACCUGAGCCAGAGAUAUUUUUUGAAGAGCGCAAUGCAGAUGAUCAGUUUAUGGUUUUGGCCUGUGAUGGCAUAUGGGACGUUAUGUCAAAUGAUGAACUUUGCGCAUUCAUAGAGCAUAAGAUGAAAAUAACUGGCAGUCUAGAAGAAGUUUGUAAUCAAGUAGUGGAUACCUGUUUAAUUAAGGGCAGCAGAGAUAAUAUGAGUAUUGUUUUAAUAGCUUUUGAAGGAGCACCUUGUGUUUCUGAGGAAGCUGUUAAAAAAGACAAAGAACUUGAUGAAAAAAUUGAGCAAAAAGUGAAAGAGAUUUUAGCCCAAGAGCCGCAAGAAAAUCAUGAGUUUAAUUUUAUAUUGCAUAGAGUUGCAGAUGAUUUACAGGAAUUGUUUCCUCCAGGAGGGGGCUAUCAGUCUAAAAAAUCAGUAAUUGAAAGUGUGUUUUAUAAACACAGGCCUAAUGAUGAACAAGACGUGAGUGAUGAUGAUCUUGCGUGAUUUCUAGCCAGCUGGUGGAUGACUAAGAUGGUGGGGGAGGCCACAGAAAUAGAGGAAUUCACUUGUUACCAAUGCACUUAUGCAACCAAUACAGUGGUGGCAUCCUCUUUUUCAUCUCUAUUUUACCAGAAGGCCUCAAUGGAUCAUCUUCUAUAUUCAGAGCUUAUUUAAGUUUUUCUUAGUAAGUAACCCAUUGUUUUUAGGCAGAUGUAAAAAUGACUUUUUUUUUUCUUCAAACAAAUUAAUUGAAAUGCCAUCAAAUGAUUAGAUAAAGUAGUUAUGAUUGAUGCCUCUCUUCACUAUAAUGCAUGGAUAAAGUGAUAGAUUUACUUAUUUGGGAAGAUUCUUCUUUGAGUCCUGUAUCAAUAAAUUGCUGAGAAAUGAUGUACAAUAUAAUGAUUUAAAAGCUGUAAAAUAUUCACAAUAUAAACUGUACCAGCCAUGAAGAGCCCUAUACUGCAUAUAGUGUGAAUGUCUACAGAUGCAAAUAUGAGCUUUGUGCUUAAAAUCAAUUUGCUGGUUUUUAAAACUUUCAGGAUGAAUUCUGUUGCUGUUGGACACUUUUAAAAAAAAAAUAAUUUAAUUAAUAGCUGUGUUUAAAAAAUGUGUAAAUGUCCUUCAUUGUUUUAGUUGAAACAUGUUAAUACAAAUUUUAAGGGGUUGGUGGUGCUUCCUUUUGUACUUAUCUAAAUUUCAAAACUACAUUGAGAUUAAGUAUAAUUUGGGACCAAAAAUAGUUUACAUAGUUUAAGAAAUAAAAAAAAUAGCACCACAAUGUUUGUAAAUCAUUAGUCUUUUUUCUCGGUAAUGCUGUUUAGUAGUGUAAAUCUAUAAUGCAGUUCAUAGAUAAUCAUUUGAUUAUUUUCAAAUAGGUUGCUUUAUUUUUUAAAAAGAUUUUGCAGUGAUUUGUAGAACAACUUAAUGCUUAUAUUAUUUUUUUAAAUUUAAAAUAAAUUUAAAUAUUAUUCUUGCAUAUACUUUUUUUACACAAUUCAAAUGUAAGUAAAAUAUGUUUGUCAAAAGUUAUUUAAAAUAAAGAAGCAUUACCCUAAAAUGCUUUAUUUAAAAAAAAAUACAUUACUUACACCAUGUCUCUCUCCUUUUGUUGGUUAUAUUGUUUUGCUUUGUUUUCCCCUUCAUUCAUUUUAACAGUCUUAAAUAAUUUAUUAUAUACUAAUUUAGUUUUCAUUACACUUCAUUCCAUACUUUUAAUUAUUAUUGUAAAAAAAAUUAGGCUUUAUUUUCAUCACUGCCUAUUUUAAAUACAACUAUGCCAAUAUCACAAACAGAAUAGUAGAAAAAAAAAUUGAUUUGGCUUUGCUGCAUUGUGUUUUGACAACAUUUUGUUUCAAAUCUUUACUCAUUUAUUCACUUCUUAUAUGCUUGAAUUUUGCUACUCAAAUUGCACAUGUUACAAAAAAAAAAUUUGAAAAAAAUUAAUUUACUAUUUUAAAUAUAAACUAUUGUAGCGUUGUUGCACGUGAUCAUCAUAUGGCCAUAGAAGUUUUGAGUGCUUGUGUGUGUGAAAGUAAUUUGAACAUAGAAUAUUCAAGGAUUGAUAUGAUGGCCAUCCAGUUGUUCUUGUGUUCUACCUCUUUGAAACUAAUCCUGGAUAAUAAUUUGACCUUUUGAAGAAUCAUCUCUGCAAUUUGUUGCUUUUUUUUUAAACACAAUUUAUAAAAGUUAUAAAAAACACAUUUUAUAUGUUUAAGUUAAUAAUGCAAUCAUGUUAAGAAACACUAGUUUUUUUUUAAACGUUAGUUGCAACAAUUAUUAAAAUGAACCAUAUUGAGAAUUUUCCCACCUUUUAAAGUGAGCCCUAUUGGAUAUACUUUUGAUAAUUUUAAGAAAGAAAAAAUGAUACUGUUACUGAUCCAAUGCCCUGUCUUGAUGGUUUAUUCAUUAGCAAUAACAGGUCUAUACAUUUCAAAAGAUGUUCAACACUUUUAUUGAUUUGCAUGUUUUCUUCGUAUUGUCCUCUUAGUUUAUAGAAGUAAAUAAAUUCAUCAUUACUAUGCUGUUAACUUGUCUAUCAUAUCUGUUGUUGAUAUUUCACUUUCUCUCUGUGGUAUAACAUUCAGUUCUAAUGGGGACUGAAAGAACAUUAUUUCUUGAAAUGCUGUCAUUUAUAAUGAAAAAUGCAUUUUUCAGACAAAAUAAAAAAAAUUCAAAACCAAUCUUUUUGAAUGAUUGUUGCCUUUUUUUUACCAAAGGUUUGAACUGCUUUCUCAGUUCCUGAAAGAGCUUUACAAACAGAACCACUUUCAUUUCCCAACUGCUUUGAUUGAGAGUUCCAAGUGUUAUAAUUUGUGUCAUUCUUGUUUACUGUAUUGAGUUAAAAAAUGUUCAGCAAAAGCAGGUAUCAUUUCAUUCAUUUAGUACUAUUUUUGUUUUUAUGACUUGAGAAAACAGUUGAUGCUAUUCUGUCUUGUGAUAUUCAUCUAAUUUAUCGUAGUCAUAUUCAUUGUUUCAACCAACAUAUAUCCAUACACCAGUCCAAAUAAAACUUUAAAAAAAAUUAUUACAAAAUGCAACUUUUUAAGCAGGUGUUGCUCAUAAGUUUUAUGUUGAUAGAAAGCUGCACUGCAAAGCCAGGUUGCAGAAAUGAAUCCUGUUUACUUGGUUUUAAAUAUUUGAUAUCACAAAAUGUGUGUAUAUGUAAGUUCUGAAGAAUGGCAAAUGUCUUCUUUCCAACUUGUAUCUUUAUUGUGUGUUGGCUUCACUGAACAUUUGAGGACAUGAGUUGCACGUGUUUUGUGGUUUAUUCUUCACCAUUUUAUCUCCAUAUUUUUAUAUUUUCUUAUGCCUCAUGACAUUUUCAUUGAAAGCAUGGAAUAUUUAAGCAAGUCUAAUACCUUUAUAAAGUUUUUUUUUUUUAGAUCAAAUUAAUCAUUUUGUUUUAAUAACAGAUGCAAAAUUAGUUCUGGUAAUAAAUAAAAAAUACUAAGAUUUAAAAAAAAUUUCAAAUGAUUAUCACAGUCACCUGUGAAGAAUUGUGUUAGAUGAUUAAAUCUGACCAGGUGUAUAACUAUGCUGACAAUCUAGCCAUUUCUUCUGCUGUGCUAUACCUAUAUAAGAAAAUAAUCUUUCAUCACUACUCAACUUUUAAGUUUCAGCCAUGGCUACAUUAGUUUUUCUUUUUCUGUGUAUUUCAUGUAAAUGUAGUUGAAUGUUCUUGAUCUUUCUGUCUUCACGUAUGUAUUAUUUGCAUACAAAAAUAUCUUUUUAGAAAAUGUUUUUGCUUUCACUGAGUCUAAAAAGUUAUACUAAUAGAUUUGUUUGAGUGUAAUUUUUCCUAGUUUUUAUAAAAUAAUUAUUUCUGCUACAUCUUGUUAGAAAUUUGUAAAUGAAUGUCUUGUAAAAAUAUUCUGAUUGUGUUACUAAUAAACAUGUAAUAGAAUAGUGUUAGUAUUAUUAUACACUGUUGAAAUACAUUGAAAAUAUUAAGGAGCGAGUGAUGCCAUGUUUUCAUUUCUACCUAGCAUGUUUAUGUACGUUUUCAGUUUCAUGUGUGCAGAUGUUUGUAGUCUUUAGUUGGGUAGGUUUUCAAGGAAUAUGAAUGAUACUCUUACACCAUCAGUAAUUAUUAAAUUAGAUGAAAAAAACCACCACCUUGGGUAGAGAUGCUUGGCUACUUCAAUUGGAUUGUCUUUAAAAAUAGAAUUAUUUGGUGUGCUUCAUGUGGCAAUUCCAGUAAAUUUGUUAACCCAAUUCAGGUUAGAAAUGUUAUCUCCUUAUAUCUCAUGAUAUUGGUAAUACACUAGUUACUGUUUGUACAUGUCUUUUUAAAAUUAUUCUGUAUCAUAUCAUUGAAGGUUAUAAAAUUUUCACAAAAUAAUGAUAAAUACUGUAGAUUUGAUAGAUGGUAUUGCUAAAGUGAAAAUUUGGGUGCUUGUGUGACUUUGUACCUUAAUUUUUUUUUAGCUUUCAGUCAAAUCAUGUGUAAAACUAUUUUUAUAACAAGAUAAUAUUUAUGCUACAAUUCUUGUAUCUUGAUUUUAAACAAAAAUGCUUUUACCUUUCAUGAUAGUCCAAAAUGAAUUAAAAGUUUAUUAACAAAAACUAGUGUACAUGAUUGAAUAUUAGAUAUAACUUAGGUACACAAUUAUAAAGCUUAUUAUUUAUAUGGGAAUGUCAUUUAUUGUUUUUAAAUAGUUUUUCAGUUGAGAAAAAAAAAAGAGACAUGCACAUAUAGAAACAUACAAGGUGAACAUGAUGAUAUGUCAUUUAGAACAAUUUUGUUCCCAUAAACAGUUGUUUGGUUGACAACAACUUGCAAUGCCAAAAUAUCAAAAGCUGCUUAGUCACUAAUAUGCCAAAUCUUGUUUCAUAUUCCCUUAAAGUUGGUAUGCAUAUGAGAGGUGUAAUAAAAAUCUAUUACACACA